AAGCGUUAGUUGGAUUCUUGAUAGAGAUUUUAUUGUAAAUUGUUACAAUUCACGUAAAUAUUAUUCCUUAAAUAUACUUUACGAGACUUGUAAUAACAUAUACAUUGCUUAAACCAUGUGAGGUAUUUACCAGUAUUUACAUGUCGCAUGGUGAAGUGUUCACGCAUGCUGUGCUACAUCGAGCUAACACGAGACACUGAACCUGAGAAAGUGGUCCACAUUCGUUGUUUCUCUGAGCAGUCAUUUUUAUGAAUAAUAAUGGUACAAAAUGUAUUUCGACAUGGCCAGAAGCUCCUUUGGAUCGGCGGUGCCUGUAUCGGUACUUACAUCGCGUACCGAUACUGGAAAAAACGAGAGCUUCUGAUAAUAGACGAAGGUUUCGAGGAGGUUUCCAAGAUUGAUGACUAUCAUGAAAAAAGAGUGGUUCUGUUGGGUUUAGAUGGAGCUGGAAAAACUUCCAUUAUAAAUCAAAUUUGUGUUGCAAAUGGUGAUGAAAAUUCUUAUACUGUUCCUCCAAAACCUACACAGGGUUCUUCUGUAUAUAAAAUAAAAAAUGGAUCGUAUUGUUAUAAUAUUUGGGACAUUGGAGGUGCAGACACUGCUAGAAAAUAUUGGGCUGCUUUUCUAGAAGACACAGAUCUUCUAGUGUUUGUGGUAGAUGCAUCCGAUAUAGAGAAAUUAUCAUUGGCUGCUUCUACUCUUAAACAGUUAUUAGAUGAUGCAAGAAUGGAGAAUGUGCCAAUAUUAGUAAUUGCUAACAAACAGGAUUGUUCUGAUGCUCUGAGGCCAGAAGAAGUAAAAAAAGCUCUAGAUUUGUUAAGUAUCUCUCCUCAAAAGCACAAAGUAGAAAUAGUGGGAUGUCAAACAAGACCUCUACCUGAGAAGCCAACAGAAACGACCGAAUAUACAUGGCACCACGAAUCCAUGGAUACUGUUAGGAAAAAAAUAUUCUCCAUGGCAACUUAAAUUUAAGAGAAUUUCUUAAUUGUUUAUUUGAGUUGUUGAAAAAGUACUUUAUACAUAUGAAAAAGAACAAAUAGGUUAAG